AUGUGUUUUUAAUAUUUUUAAGCAGGUCAUGUAUUGAUAGGUAGGUAGGUUUUAAAAAUGAGUACAAACAAAGACAAUACGAAACCGCAUUCGACACUUAGAGUGUUAUUAUGGAAGGAGUACACUGUGAGAAAAUCAAGAUUUUUGCGAACGAUAUAUGAAUGGACUUCAACAAUUUUGUUUUUUGUUAUAUUGUAUCUAGUAAAAAAUGAGUUGAUGCCAGCAAAACCAAAUUAUGUAAAUUGCGACAACAUCAAACGUACGGAAGAGAAGUACAUAGCAGAGUUUAAAGUACCAAGAUUCGUCCUUUAUACUCCGUCCAAUAAUGUAACUGAUGAAUUAAUGACUAAGGUUGGGAAGAAACUGAAGCUGACAAAUUAUUCUUUCAACCUAGCACACAAUGCCCGAGGUUAUCAAUCUGUCACAAAUGAAACUUCAGUUCUGAACUACAUGAAAGACGGCGAUGCAAUUGUCAUAUUUCAGAACAAUGGUACUUUACCCUGGACCCAUCUAAACUACACAAUUAGAAUGAAAACACAAUUUCACAUAAAUAUAUACGAACCGUUGGAUGGAAAAUACGAGCCACACUUGCUGUAUGGUAAUGAUUACGAGUCUUUCACCAAGUUGCAAUGGACGAUCGACCGGUCCUACUUAGAAAUGCGUACAGGCAACAGUCUCAAUCAGACUAUCGCCGUGCAAGAGUUCCCGUUCGUGAGCAACGAAGGCAAUGAGGAGAUCCUGGGCUUAGCCCCAUUAUUCGCAGUGCUAUGUUUUAUUUCGCCGAUGCUUGCAUACGUGUUCCUCAUCUCGACGCUCGUCGACGAGAGGUGCUCUGGUAUACUGGAACUGUUGAGAAUGGUCGGUGUUCGGAUGUACCACGUGGGGUUAUCUCACCUUGUGUUUACGAUGCCGGCAUCCUGCUUGUUCGCUUUCGUUGGGACCAUAGUUCUAACCACGACCCCCAACCCGUUCGUGCAGAAUUCUAACCCCAUGCUCAUCUUCCUCAUGUUAAAACUACAUUUCUGCACCAUAAUAGCUAUGGCGUUUGCUGCUUCGUACAUCGCCAGAGAUAAGCAAUAUGUGGUGACAAUAGCUGUAGGAACAUACGUGGCUCUUUGGGUGCCGACUCAGCUUCUCACGAACGUAGUGAUGGACCGGCGACUCUUGUGGCUCACCGGUUUCCUCCCCCACAUGCCCUGCUACUGGUUCUGGAAGGAGUUGGGCAAGCUUGAAUCCUUCGGCCAAGGCGUGACAUUCUCUACAAUGCUGAGCUCGCACACCAUCAAUAGUCCACCUAUAGUUUUGGUUUACUUCUUCAUGAUGAUCCAAUCUGGGUUAUUUAUGACGCUAAACUGCUACCUAAAUUAUGUGUUACCCGGCCUAUAUUUACAAGGAUUACCGUGGCAUUUCAUAUUCAAGUUCUUUGGGAAAAAAGUAAAGCCAACCGUUAAGGAUGAAGAGGAUGAAGGCAUGAAAUUGAAUGAGACGCCUAAAGAGUAUUUUGAGGAUACUCCGAUAGGUGUCAAACCUGGUAUAAAAAUUGAGAAUGUCUACAAGGAUUUUCCGAAACAUACAGCCCUCAAGGGUGUUUCAUUCACGGCAAACCAGGGGGAAAUAACUGUUCUACUAGGUCACAAUGGAGCCGGGAAGACCACCCUCAUGUCCAUAAUAACAGGCAUGAUGAAGCCAACGAAUGGUGAUGUAUACGUAAAUGGCACAAACAUUAACUCCAACAGCCGCGUGGUAAAUAAGAACAUCGGUCUCUGUCCCCAACACAAUCUGUUCUUCUCGCAUCUCACUGUGCUGCAGCAUGUGGUGUUCUUCCACAAGUUGAAAGGUGUUCCUCAUAAUGACGCCGUCCAAGAUUCGAAUGGUCUACUGUCAAAACUGGGCCUAAAUGUGAAGUUAAACAGUCAAGUAUCGGAACUAUCAGGUGGAAUGAAGCGUCGUCUGCAACUGGCCUGCGCAAUGGCGGGGAAAUCCAGCGUGCUCAUUCUAGACGAGCCCACCUCCGGCCUCGAUGUUCAGAGUAGGCGAUCGCUUUGGGAUAAACUCAUAAAACUGCGCGGCGAGUGCACUGUACUGCUGACGACGCACUUCCUGGAGGAGGCGGACGCGCUGGCCGACCGUGUGGCGAUGCUUAGCAACGGAGAGCUCUGCGCAUUCGCCACACCCAUGUACCUCAAAAAAGCAGUCGGAACGGGUUAUAGAUUGACGUUCACGUCUACUGGAGAUCACCAGAAGGAUGACAUCGAAAACAUAUUGACUUCAUACGUGACGAACGCCGCGUUCAAACAGGAAUCGUUCAAUACACUCGUGUACGAUCUCCCAUCCAAGGACAGCGACAAAUUCCCGGACAUGUUCAACGCCUUAGAAGCCAAUCGCAAAAAACUGGGAAUUGAAAAUAUAGGCGUCGGAGUCACCACCUUGGAAGAGGUUUUCUUAAAAUUAUCCAGGGAUAACAAUGUAGACAAUAUACAAAGUGAUAAUUACACAGUUGAACUAGAUAGUGAACAAACCGUGCUAGUGGACAUCGAGGCCAUAAGUGAAAAACUUGUGGUCAACGAGCUCCUUGCGUUCUUGCGCCAAAAGCUGGACAUAAUGGACGAAAUAAGUGCAGUGCAGAUAUGUAUGUCCAACUUCAGCCAGGACGACAUCGCGAAGGCGAAGGUCACCCGAUGUUGUUAUAAAAAUGAACCCGCGCCAUGGAGCCUGCCUGUAUGUGUCCGCGGUGGACCCUGCAUUUUCGCUGCAAACAGAUCAUCCGCUAUCGUGUCGCCCAGCACACCCCGCGCCCCCAAUCUCGUUAAAGUCAGUGGGUGGCGACUGCGCUGGCGUCAAUUCCAGGCUUUAUUUAAGCGACAAAUAAAAUUCAUGGCAUCUAAAAAGUACUCCUUUACACUACUGCAACUGGUCCUACCAGUCCUCAUGGCAUGCUUAUUCACGAAACUGUACAACGACGAAGUACCCGAACCGUAUAUCUCCAAACCGAAGCUGAUGGAUUUCAGCCUAUAUAACAAGAUAUUGGAUAAACGUGCACUGUUCAAUGUGGAUUUAAGCGAUGUGCCUGCGAGGAGAGAUAUCAAGCUGUGCUGCGGCGUAACAGAGGAACAAAGCACAGAUAUUACCAGAGAUAUUAUCCAUAUUGGCCAAAUCGACAAAUUGGAAUAUAACAAAUAUUUGACUGGGAUGGAGCUGAAUGAUACAGAUGGAAAGGUUUUGUACACUACAAUAGUGCGUCACGCAUUGCCUGUCGCUAUGAACACGUUCACCAACCGCCUGGGAAUGCUCCUUCUCUCCGCAAACGAAUCCGUCAUCUCCACCUACAACCAUCCUAUUGAUAAUGUGGAGCUGACACAAAAAAUACCUUUACAACAUCCGAAGAGUCAAACGAUGACUGCUGCAUGGGCCAUCACCAUUAUUAUCUUGUACCUGGCGACGAUCAUCAACUUCGUGUCGCUGCCGAGCAAGGAGCGGAUGAUGGGUACGCGCCACAUACACGUGCUGUCAGGCUGCCCGCCGCUGCUGCACUGGGCGACCACGCUCGCCUCGCACGCGCUCGCCACGCUGGCGCCGCUCGUGCUGAUGCUGGUCGCGGCCGCGCUCCUCGACGCCGACCGCACGCUCCGCCAGCCCGGCCUGCUCGUGACAUAUGGACUAAUUAUGUUUAUUGGAGGCCUCGCUUUCUUAUCCCUCAUGUACUGCAUCAGUUGCAUUUACUCCGAAAAAGUUACUGGAAUUAUACUAAUCACUAUGCUCAUAGUUUUCGGGUGCGUGACGCCGACGGUGCGGUUCGCGACGGAGAAGCUGGAGGGCGGCACCACGCGCGACGUUGCGCAUUGGAUGGCGUGCGUCGCCGGCGCCACGCUCGCGCCGCACGCCGCCGCGGAGGCCGCGCUGCAGGCCGCCAAUGUCGGCCGGCUCAACGCCUACUGCGCGCUCAACCGCCACCUCUGCCCGCGCCUCCCCGUGCACGACGCCGGGUUCGACGUGGAGCGCUGCUGCGAACAAAAACAGAAUCCAAGGUGCUAUUUCUGUUUCGACGAUUAUUCUCCAUUAUCUGCGAUGAUAUUUCUCAUUAUACAGUUCUUGGUAUAUAUG